AUGACUGCUCCAAGCACUGACGAUGUUCCUACUACCGGGGAUGGCAGUGUCAGAGAGGAUGUGGUGGAAGACGACCUUCGUGAAGAAGUCAAGGAGCUGGUAUAUGGCGUGCUAGAGGAUGUGAUGCCAAAGGCAGCAGAUGAUGAAGACGUCAAGGCCAAAGAGGGCGAUGAGCUUGAAGAGACCAAAGAUGAGGUCGCCGGUGCAGAUGAAGUCGAAGGCGGAAUCAGAGAACUUGAAUCUUCGCUUGACGUGGAGGAAUAUGAUGUUGCAGUAUAUUGUGCACUGGAGGUUGACGAAUCCCCAACCGUCGAGGAGCUUGCCGUUGCAGACUCGGCUGCCGCUGAAACCGCCGAAGCAGCAGAGGACAGAAUUGAAUUAACUUCUGUAAAGACAGAAUAG